GCAUGAGCUGACUUGAGGAUGCGGCUCACCUACAUGGGUCUGGGGCCAUUUACCGGGCCUGAGAGAACUGUUGGAGGGCCAGGAAGUCUUUUAGGGCCACCCAGACGGGUGGGGUAUACCCACCAAGGGAGGGAGGCAAAUACUGAGGUGUGGUGUGAGGCCUGGAUGGGUCUCUAACCUCUGAAGAGUGUCUAAUCUGGGUGACAGGAGGCUGGGGGCAGUUAGAAGGACCUGGAACCAUCUAGUUGGCUUUCAGUGUGACUGCAAGAGUGCAGUCUUUAUGCCUGGAGCAAAUUCGAAUGCCUUUUGAGGCUGUAUAAUCGCGUGGAGAACAAGACAAAGGAGAGUAUUGGAAAAUUUGCCCAGCUCAAAUGUACUUGCACUUUAUAAUGUAAUUCAAAUGAAAAAAUGUUUUUAAAUUCUGCAUUGCCCUGGAGCUAUAGAGAUUAGAAUUAGUCCACAUUAGUGUGGGGAAGUCUGUAGGAUCACCUAGAUUCAUUUAGUGUAAUGCUUUUCAAACUCUUUUGACCUUGAUCUACAGUAAGAAGUACAUUUUUUGUUGAGACCCAUUGCAUAUUCCCCUAUGUGUUGAAUACCAAAGUCCCAUUAAUUCAUAUUUCCACUUAACACCCUGCGAUGUACUGUGAAGAUUUUUCUCCUGCGUUCAAUUUAUUUAUUUUUUUUAUAACAAUCUAUUCGUGAACCACUAUACUCCUAUCAUACUGUAGUUUGGGAAACACUGACCUAGAGGGACUUAGCAAUGUCUGCAGAAUGUGUUUUCAUGUUGAAAAGAUCUAAAGAGCCCUGGGUGUGUCUGCAAAGCCCAGGGCACGUCCACAUGGGCAAGGGAUCAUCUUCAUACGCCGCAGAGGGCUUGGAGAUCUGUGUGUCUGUACUCAGCAGGUCUCAAUUAGGCUUCUGUUAUGUGACAGUCACUGUUCGGCGUAGCAGGUGCUUCCCCCAGAGGUGCUGGAGAGCAGCUCCAGGGCUGGGAACUGUCCACAGGGGUUUAUAGGCAGGACAUGUUAGUGGGAGUUAGGGAAGGAGCUCCAGGCUCAUUGCUGGGAGCUUUGGCUUAGCUUGGAAAUCUGUGGUGGAAGAGAGACCUGGACCUGGGUGUUUGCUUUGCAGGUGACCAUGGAGGAAGAAGAUGAGUCCCGAGGGAAGACAGAGGAGUCGGGCGAGGAUCGGGGCGAUGGUCCACCGGACAGAGACCCCACACUUUCUCCUUCUGCCUUUAUCCUGCGGGCCAUUCAGCAGGCUGUGGGAAGUUCCCUGCAGGGGGAUCUGCCAAAUGAUAAAGAUGGCUCCCGGUGUCAUGGCCUUCGAUGGAGGCGCUGCCGGAGCCCACGGUCAGAGCCCCGUUCCCAGGAGUCAGGGGGGACUGACACGGCUACUGUGUUGGACAUGGCUGCAGACAGCUUCCUCGCGGGGCUGGUGAGUGUUCUGGAUCCCCCAGAUACCUGGGUUCCCAGCCACCUGGACCUGCGGCCUGGCGAAAGCGAGGACAUGCUGGAGCUGGUGGCCGAGGUCCGAAUCGGGGACAGGGAUCCGAUCCCUCUGCCCGUGCCUAGCCUGCUGCCCCGUCUCAGGGCCUGGAGGACAGGCAAAACGGUUUCUCCACAGCCCCACUCUUCUCGCCCCUCCUGUGCCCGCCACCUCCUCACCUUGGGCACCGGAGAUGGGGGCCCAGCCCCUCCCCCUGCUCCCUCCUCUGCGUCCUCCUCCCCCUCCCCCUCCCCUUCAUCUUCCUCCCCCUCCCCUCCCCCACCUCCCCCACCCCCAGCACCACCGGCGCCACCUGCCCCCCGAUUCGACAUCUAUGACCCCUUCCACCCCACCGAUGAGGCCUAUUCCCCACCGCCUGCUCCGGAGCAGAAGUAUGACCCCUUUGAGCCCACUGGCUCCAACCCCAGCUCAUCCGCGGGGACACCCUCGCCUGAGGAAGAGGAGGAGGAGGAGGAGGAAGAGGAGGAGGAAGAGGAAGAGGAGGAAGAAGAGGAGGAGGAAGGCUUGUCUCAGAGCAUCAGCCGCAUCUCGGAGACCCUGGCGGGCAUCUAUGAUGACAACAGCCUGAGCCAGGACUUCCCAGGUGAUGAGAGCCCCCGCCCGGACCCCCAGCCCCCACAGCCAACGCCAGCCCCCGGAACGCCGCCCCAGGUAGACUCCACCCGGGUGGAUGGAGCCAGCCGCAGGCGCGUCUUCGUGGUAGGGACCGAGGCAGAGGCCUGUCGGGAAGGCAAGGUCUCCGUGGAGGUGGUGACAGCCGGUGGAGCCGUCAUCCCGCCAACCCUGCUGCCACCCGGCGACUCAGAGAUUGAGGAGGGCGAGAUCGUCCAGCCUGAGGAGGAGCCCCGGGUGGCGGUGUCCCUGUUUCGGCCCAGCGGCGGCCGGGCAGCGCGCCCCCCUCCUGCGGCCGCGGCACCCCCCGCGGCCCAGCCCCCGCCCCCGCCCCCCGCUCCCCGGGCCCCGGAGGGGGACGACUUCUUGUCUCUGCACGCCGAGUCGGACGGCGAGGGCGCCCUGCAGGUGGACCUAGGGGAGCCGGCUCCCGCCCCGCCGGCCGCCGACACGCGCUGGGGCGGCCUGGACCUGCGCCGCAAGAUCCUGACGCAGCGGCGGGAGCGCUACCGGCAGCGCUCGCCCUCCCCCGCCGCCACCCCUGCGGCUGCCACCGCCCCCGCCGGGCCCCCCACCCGCAAGAAGUCGCGGCGGGAGCGAAAGCGGAGCGGCGGCGAGGCCAAGGAGGCCGCCUCGUCCUCGUCGGGCGCGGCGCCCGCCCCACCGGCCCCGGCCUCCCCCUGGGACUCCAAGAAGCACCGCUCCCGGGACCGCAAGCCGGGCUCGCACGCCUCGUCGUCCGCCCGCCGCCGCUCCCGCUCCGCCCGCCGCCGCUCACGCAGCACCGACCGCCGCCGCGGGGGCAGCCGCAGGUCUCGGUCCCGGGAAAAGCGGCGGCGGCGGCGGCGCUCGGCCUCCCCGCCCCCUGCCACCUCCUCCUCCUCCUCGUCCAGGCGCGAGCGGCACCGCGGCAAGCACCGAGACGGCGGCGGCAGCAAGAAGAAGAAGAAGCGCUCGCGGUCCCGGGGCGAGAAGCGCUCUGGGGACAGCGAAAAGGCCCCGGUGCCCACCCAGCCGCCCUCCGGCUCCAGCUCCUUGGGCGGAGAGCGCGACAGCCGCCGCCGGGGAGCUGUGCCACCCUCCAUCCAGGACCUCACGGACCACGAUCUCUUCGCCAUCAAGCGGACCAUCACCGUGGGCCGGCCUGACAAGCCCGACCCCCGUGGCCCCUCACCGGCCCCGGCCUCGUCGCCCAAGCGAGAGGUCCUGUACGACUCGGAGGGACUGAGCGCUGAGGAGCGGGGUGGCAAGAGCAGCGAGAAGGACCGGCGCCGCUCCGGGGCUGCCUCCUCCUCCUCUUCCUCCCGGGAGAAGGGAUCACGGCGGAAGGCACUGGAUGGGGGGGAUCGGGACCGGGACAGGGACAGAGAUAGGGACAGGGACAGGUCAUCCAAGAAGGUUCGGCCUCCCAAGGAGUCAGCGGCCUCCUCGGGGCCCCCACCAAAGCCACCGGUCAGCAGUGGCUCGGGCUCAUCCUCCUCCUCGUGCUCCUCUUCCUCCCGGAAGGUGAAGCUGCAGUCCAAGGUGGCAGUGCUGAUCCGCGAAGGCGUCAGCAGUACCACGCCUGCCAAGGAGGCCGCGUCAGCCGGCCUGGGCUCCAUCGGGGUCAAGUUCAGCCGAGACCGGGAGAGCCGCUCCCCCUUCCUCAAGCCCGAUGAGCGGGCCCCCACCGAGGUGGCCAAAGCAGCUCCGGGCAGCACCAAGCCCAAAAAGACCAAGGUCAAGGCCAAGGCUGGGGCCAAGAAAGCCAAGGGGACCAAGGGAAAGACCAAGCCAUCCAAGACCAGGAAAAAGAUCCGCAGCGGGGGCAGCAGCGGGGGCAGCGGUGGCCCCGUGAUGCUAAAGAAGUCCAAGGCGGACAGCUGCAGCCAGGCAGCGGGGGCCAAGGGGGUGGAGGAGACCUCCUGGUCCGGGGAAGAACGGGCAGCCAAGGCCCCCAGCACCCCGCCCCCUAAGGCAGCCCCUCCGCCCCCUGCGCUCACACCGGACUCGCAGACCGUGGAUAGCAGCUGCAAGACGCCCGAGGUCUCCUUCCUUCCCGAAGAGGCCGCCGAGGAGGCUGGAGUCCGAGGUGGGGCUGAAGAGGAGGAGGAGGAGGAGGAAGAGGAGGAGGAGGAGGAGGAGGAGGAGGAACAGCAGCCUGCCACCACCACAGCCACCAGCACGGCUGCAGCUGCCCCAAGCACUGCCCCUAGCGCGGGGUCCACGGCCGGUGACUCGGGGGCGGAGGACGGGCCAGCCACCCGUGUCUCCCAGCUGCCCACGCUGCCCCCGCCCAUGCCCUGGAACCUGCCUGCUGGUGUGGACUGCACCACCAGCGGCGUCCUGGCCCUGACUGCACUUCUCUUCAAGAUGGAAGAAGCCAAUCUGGCGAGCCGAGCAAAGGCCCAGGAACUGAUCCAGGCCACCAACCAGAUCCUCAGCCACCGAAAGCCGCCCUCUAGUCUUGGGGUGACCCCAGCCCCUGUGCCCACCUCUCUGGGGCUGCCCCCUGGUCCCUCUAGCUACCUGCUCCCUGGCAGCCUCCCCCUGGGGGGCUGCGGCUCGACCCCUCCCACUCCCACCGGGCUGGCUGCAGCGUCUGACAAGCGAGAGGGCAGCAGCAGCUCCGAGGGACGGGGAGACACAGACAAGUAUUUGAAGAAACUGCACACGCAGGAGCGAGCAGUGGAGGAGGUGAAGCUGGCCAUCAAGCCGUACUAUCAGAAGAAGGACAUCACCAAGGAGGAGUACAAGGACAUCCUGCGGAAGGCUGUCCACAAGAUCUGCCACAGCAAAAGCGGGGAGAUCAACCCGGUGAAGGUGAGCAACUUGGUGCGGGCCUACGUCCAGCGCUACCGCUACUUUCGCAAGCACGGCCGCAAGCCAGGCGACCCCCCCGGGCCCCCGAGGCCGCCCAAGGAGCCCGGGCCCCCUGACAAGGGUGGCCCAGGCCUGCCCUUGCCCCCUCUCUGAGACCCUCAGCCACCCCUUCCCUCCUUCGCCUCUUUGGAAUUCUGGACGUAUUUAUGGCUCCACCUCCCCACUUCCCUCCCCCCAUCAGUGGGAUGACUGGGGGAGGGUUGCUGCAGGGAAGAGGAGAGCCCCCUGCCCCGCCCUGCCCUGUGCCCCUUGCCCCCAAGCCUGUCCCCAUCGCCCCUCCCUUCUGUUUGUGUCCCUCCCCCAAUUUCAUUAAAGAUUUCAUGAAAUGUUAGCCCCAA